AUGUCCAAGAUACAGGCAUUUGGUCCGGAGGAGCAGUUCUCAGCAAAUGGUGUUGUUUGCACCAACGAUUGGUCAGAUGGAGACGCAGGUCUGUGUUUAGGUUCUAGAUACGAUAUCUAUCUAUCUAUCUAUCUAUCUAUCUAUCUAUCUAUCUAUCUAUCUAUCUAUCUCACCCAUUCUUUUCAUUAUCUAUCUAUCUAUCUAUCUAUCUAUCUAUCUAUCUAUCUAUCUAUCUAUCUCAAAUCUGUUAAUAUCUAUCUAUCUAUCUAUCUAUCUAUCUCAAGUCUGUUAAUAUCUAUCUCAAGUCUUCUGUUAAUAUCUAUCUAUCUAUCUAUCUAUCUAUCUAUCUAUCUCAAAUCUGUUAAUAUCUAUCUAUCUAUCUAUCUAUCUAUCUAUCUAUCUAUCUAUCUCAUGUCUGUUAAUAUCUAUCUAUCUAUCUAUCUAUCUAUCUAUCUAUCUAUCUAUCUCUCAAAUCUUCUGUUAAUAUCUAUCUAUCUCAAAUCUGUUAACAUCUAUCUAUCUAUCUAUCUAUCUAUCUAUUAUCUAUCUAUCUAUCUCAAAUCUGUUAAUAUCUAUCUACCUAUCUAUCUAUCUAUCUAUCUCAAAUCUGUUAAUAUCUAUCUAUCUAUCUAUCUAUCUAUCUAUCUAUCUAUCUAUCUAUCUCAAAUCUCCCAUUCUUUUCAUUAUCUAUCUAUCUAUCUAUCUAUCUAUCUAUCUAUCUAUCUAUCUAUCCCUGUUCACGUCUGUACUUUUAACACUUUCUUCAUCUUCUCCUAUCUCUCACCAUCUAUCUGUCUCUCUGUCUAUCACCUUUACGUGUCACUCUAUCUCAUUUUGUUCAUAUCUAUCUAUCUAUCUAUCUAUCUAUCUAUCUAUCUAUCUAUCUCAUCUGUUAUCUAUCUAUCUAUCUAUCUAUCUAUCUAUCUGUUAAUAUCUAUCUAUCUAUCUAUCUCAAGUCUGUUAAUAUCUAUCUAUCUAUCUAUCUCAAAUCUGUUAAUAUCUAUUUAUCUAUCUAUCUGUCUCAAGUCUGUUAAUAUCUAUCUAUCUAUCUAUCUAUCUAUCUCAAAUCUGUUAAUAUCUAUCUAUCUAUCUAUCUCAAGUCUGUUAAUAUCUAUCUAUCUAUCUAUCUAUCUAUCUAUCUAUCUAUAUAUCUAUCUAUCUGUUAAUCUCUAUCUAUCUAUCUAUCUAUCUAUCUAUCUAUCUAUCUAUCUAUCUAUCUAUCUCAAGUCUGUUAAUAUCUAUCUAUCUAUCUAUCUAUCUAUCUAUCCUAUCUAUCCCUCUGUUUCUAUCACACGCUUCAUAUCUGUCUCUCUGUCUAUCACCUUUACGUGUCACUCUAUCUCAUUUUGUUCAUAUCUAUCUAUCUAUCUAUCUAUCUAUCUAUCUAUCUAUCUAUCUAUCUCAAAUCUGUUAAUAUCUAUCUAUCUCAAGUCUGUUAAUAUCUAUCUCAAGUCUGUUAAUAUCUAUCUAUCUAUCUAUCUAUCUAUCUAUCUAUCUAUCUCAAGUCUGUUAAUAUCUAUCUAUCUCAAGUCUGUUAAUAUCUAUCUAUCUAUCUAUCUAUCUAUCUAUCUAUCUAUCUCAAAUCUGUUAAUAUCUAUCUAUCUAUCUAUCUAUCUAUCUAUAUCAAGUCUGUUAAUAUCUAUCUAUCUAUAUAUCUAUCUCAAAUCUGUUAAUAUCUAUCUAUCUCAAUCUGUUAAUAUCUAUCUAUCUAUCUAUCUAUCUAUCUCAAAUCUGUUAAUAUCUAUCUAUCUAUCUAUCUAUCUCAAGUCUGUUAAUAUCUAUCUAUCUAUCUAUCUAUCUAUCUAUCUAUCUAUCUAUCUCUGUAAUUUAUAG